AUGCCAUCUUUAGAGCAUGGCAACAGGUCUGGGGUAGCCAGAGCCCAGAGUGAAGGACAGGGAACCAGGUGGCAGAAAGUGGGCCCUACUUCUGGCUUCAGAAUGACACAGCAGUCAGCUUUGUAUUUAUCAGCUACUCUAGAAACAAGAAAUGAGGAAGAUGAAAAAGACAGAAUAGAAAGAGAAAAAGAGGCUGCUGGAUGCGCCGAGACCAGAAAAGGUUUCGAGCGCCAGCGACGAGGCUGGGUCCUUGUCCUCGUCGGUAAGCAGAAUUUGGUGAUUACGGGUAGGAAGACCUGGUUCUCCAUUCCAGAGAAGAAUCAGCCUUUAAAGGACAGGAUUAAUUUAGCUCUCAGUAGAAAACUCAAGGAACCUCCAAAAGGAGCUCAUUUUCUUGCCAAAAGUCUGGAUGAUGCCUUAAAACUUAUUGAGGAACCAGAAUUAACAAAUAAAGUGGACAUGGUUUGGAUAGUAGGAGGUGGUUCUGUUUAUAAGGAAGUCAUGAACAAGUCGAGCCAUCUCAGAUUAUUUGUGACAAGGAUCAUGCAGGAAUUUGAAAGUGACACAUUUUUUCCAGAUAUUGAUUUGGAGAAAUAUAAACUUCUGCCAAAAUACCCAGGCAUUCUUUCUGAUGUCCAGGAGGAGAAAGGCAUUAAGUACAAAUUUGAAGUAUAUGAAAACGAGUAAUGUGAAGGUGUUUUCUGAUUCAUUUCAAGUUCCUCUCCAUCCCCGCCAAGCAACUAUGUAUUUAACAUUAGAAAAAGACUUCUGUUGACUCUAGAUCU